UUGAACUUGAGUGGGGAUAUCCUCAUUCCUCCAUAGCUCAGAGGCGGUGGAGAGAAAAAGCUGGGGGCGUUGAUGGCUUCUUCUAAUUUUCUCAGCACUCUUCUUCUUCUUCCUCUAUCCCUGUACACCGCCCUCUCUCUGGUUCCCGCCGCCGAAGCGGGGCCCAAGGUGCCAGCGCUCUACGUGUUCGGCGACUCGACUGCUGACGUGGGCAACAACAAUUUCUUGCCUGGGGCUCAGGCGAAGGCCAACUUCCCCCACUACGGGCUGGACUUCCCUCUCUCAAGGCCCACUGGCAGGUUCAGCAACGGCUACAACGGCAUUGAUUUCUUGGCCAUGCAUAUGGGCUUCAGGAGGAGUCCUCCACCCUUUCUUUAUGUUGCAAGUAAGAUUAGUAUGAAUCGAUUAAAGGGGGUAAAUUUUGCUUCAGGAGGUUCAGGGAUAUUAGACUCCACGGGGAGUACUAUUACGAUGACAGAGCAGAUACGACAUUUUAGAACAAUACAAUCAAAUCUUUCCAUGAGAAUGACAAUUGAUGCAAAAAACCUUAUGCUCUCUAAAUCCAUAUUUCUCAUUAGCACUGGAGGCAAUGACAUAUUUGGCUACUUCUCACAAAACAAGUUUCCUAAUGCUACUCAAAAACAGCUAUUCAUAGCUACUCUUGUCUCAGCUUGUCAGGGCCAUCUGGAGGAAAUGUACAACCUUGGUGCAAGGAAAUUCGCGAUAGUUGAUGUCCCACCUAUUGGAUGUUGUCCGUAUCCGAGAAGCCUAAACCCUACAGGUGGUUGCAUCGAGGCAUUAAAUGAUUUGGCUCUAGGAUUCAAUAAGGCUAUAAAAGUUCUCUUACAGAACCUGAGUUUGAACCUUAGAGGGAUGAAGUAUUCAAUUGGAAGUUCUUAUGAGGUCGUUUCGAACAUAAUUAAGAAGCCAUAUGCACUUGGUUUCAAGGAGGUGAAGACUGCAUGCUGUGGAUCUGGGAAAUUUAACGGCGAGGGUGCAUGCAUGCCCAAUGCUACUUAUUGUUCUGACCGCCGAGGUUACCUAUUUUGGGACAUGCUACAUCCAACACAUGCUACAUCCAAGUUAGCAGGCUUUGCGAUCUACCAUGGGUCACUGCAGUUUGCUGCACCUAUUAAUAUUAGGCAGUUGGUUGAGGCUAGUAACUGAAGAAGGUAGCUCAUGUACUUAAACAUGUACUUAGUGCUGUUUGUGGAUUUUGGGUGAGGUAGUGCUUGUUGUAUUUCUGUAAAAAAAGAUUUUAGAGAUUACUUAUUGUAUUUUAGUCUUUAUUGUUGUCGAUAUGUAUGUGUUAUUUUUUUCAUUUCUUGCUGAAGUAAGAAAGGGCGUACGAGUUA